GGGGUUUGUUCUAGGGGCCAGGGGAGGGAGUCAUUUGCUGCCCUGGCCUCCUGGGAGUGGCCUUCCUUCCUCCCCCCCCACCAAGUGUAAGGUUCUCUCGCGCCCCCGCCACGCCAGCCGCGAGCCACAUUCCCUGGGCCCCGGGGGGCAAGGCGAGCCCUUGGCAGUGCGGCUUUAUGGGCCCCCUUUAAGGCCGGCGGAGGCAUCUCCCGGCCAGCGUGAGGAGUCCCGUCGGGAGCAACGGUGUCGCCUCCGCGCGGAUCCCUCCGCGCGGUUAUCUCGCCCCCAUCUUCUCCACUCAGUGGCGUGGUGCGAAAAUGCCUCGCCGGGGCGCACCGGGGCGGCAGCCUCGGCGGCGGCGGCGAGAGCGGUGGGAGGGGGCCGCGGGGGGGCCGAGGUGAGAGGUGGUGGCGGGUAGAGGGUGUUUUUUUCUCUUCCCUCCAGAGCGGGCGUUUGUAAACCGAAGCCAAAGAGUGUCCCCGUGGGCCGGGCGCACUUUUUUUCUUGUCCCGGUGCGCUCAGGGCCGCCUGGUGCCUGAGAGGAAACAGUGGAGGCAGCGGGGCAGGUCACCCGGGGCGUCGGCGAUUAUAUUGCGGCCGAGCCGGCGCGCGCCGGGAGAGGCCGGGCGGGCGGUGAGCGCGGGGGCUGGGUGAGGCCCCGCGACCCGCGAGGGAGGCGGCGCGAGGCCGAGGCGGCGGGCUCGAGAGCCGGGCAUGAGCGUCCAGUAGCCAAGUGCCCGCGGCGGCCGGGCCUCAGAGGCGACGCGCGCGCGGGCGGGUGGGUAGCAGCAGCAACGUAGCCCGGCGGCCCCGGCGGAACGAGCAGCCGCCCCAGAGGCCCCCGCGGCAGUGCGGCCGCGCUGAGGCGCGCUCCCUGCCUGCUGCACACCGCCCGCCCAGGGCCGCCCUACCUCGGCCCCUGACCACCGCCGCCGCCGCCCCAAUGAGCUCUUACUUCGUGAACCCGCUGUACUCCAAGUACAAGGCGGCGGCCGCGGCGGCGGCGGCGGCGGCGGCGGCCGCGGCGGGCGAGGCCAUCAAUCCCACUUACUACGACUGUCACUUCGCGCCCGAGGUCGGCAGCCGCCACGCCGCCGCCGCCCUGCAGCUCUAUGGCAACAGUGCCGCCGGCUUCCCGCACGCGCCCCCGCAGGCGCACGCGCACCCGCAUCCGUCGCCGCCGCCCGCCGGGCCGGGUUGCGGUGGUGGGGGCGGCCCGGGCCACGGCCAGGACUACUUCCACCCCGGCGGGGGCAGCCCGGCCGCAGCCUACCAGGCCGCCCCCCCUCCUCCUCCGCAUCCUCCGCCUCCGCCGCCGCCUCCCCCCUGCGGCGGGAUUGCCUGUCACGGGGAGCCCGCGAAGUUUUACGGAUACGAUAACUUACAGAGACAGCCGAUUUUUACGACCCAGCAAGAGGCCGAGCUGGUACAAUAUCCUGACUGUAAAUCGUCCAGUGGUAAUAUUGGCGAGGACCCAGACCACUUAAAUCAGAGCUCGUCUCCUUCUCAAAUGUUUCCCUGGAUGAGACCACAAGCAGCUCCUGGUAGACGAAGAGGAAGACAAACCUACAGUCGUUUCCAAACUCUAGAGCUGGAAAAAGAAUUCCUUUUUAACCCUUAUCUGACCAGGAAGAGAAGAAUUGAGGUUUCCCACGCCCUAGCCCUCACGGAGAGACAGGUAAAAAUCUGGUUCCAGAACAGGAGAAUGAAAUGGAAAAAAGAGAACAACAAGGACAAAUUCCCAGUUUCCCGACAGGAGGCAAAGGAUGGGGAAACCAAAAAGGAAGCCCAAGAGCUGGAGGAAGACAGAGCCGAAGGCCUGACAAAUUAACUUCUACCUUUAAAAUUUUACCACAGACUAUUAAAACUAAUGAUCAACACAUGCUGUUGGACACCAUCUAUUUUCUUUGUUGGAAAGGACUUUACCUGUAUUUCAAGCUACCUUCAUGUCACUGCUCUUGAGGUUUCUGCGCUUUGAGAGGGGUUUGGGUGUUUAAAGUUUCUAGUAUCACAUAGAAGCAGCCUUUGAGCUGUCCUAUGUAAGGGUAAUUUGAUACUGACCUUGUUGCUAUAUUUUUAUAAUGGUAGUUUUUAAUGUCUGAGCUGGUGAUUUGCCUCAACAACAUAAACUUCCUAAUGAUUAGCACUAAAUAAUUGAAUAUAAAAUGCUUUAUUAAUCAAACAAGUGCACUUGAACACUUAAAAUCAUUUCUUUAUGGUGAGUAAAUUAAAAGAGAUCUAUUAAUUUUUUUAAAAAAUUAUGCCUGCAGAAUAUUUACUUUAUGUUAUUUGAUUAAAGCGUAUUAUUUAUGUUUUCUUUUCCUGCUUUUAUAAUGAAUGGUUUGGGUGCCUUUUGUUUACUCCUACAAGGUUUCUUUGAGUAUUUUGUAAAUGUAAUAUCUCUGGGAAAAUUCUGGGCCAAAUAUUCAUAAAGCACACGUUAGCUGGAGAGUGUAAUGUGUCGUCCAGCUCUGCAGCUUCCUUAAGCUUGGGGAAGAUGUUGGGCCAAUGACAAAAGUUUCAGGAAAAUGUCGUAGUUGAUGUUUAAUAAUUUUCUGUAGUCUAUACAAAUUGUGGCAAUUUAAUCAUCUAAAGUGAAUGAAUACUUGAAAAGCCAAUUAUAACAUUUUCACUCAUUAACUUUUCACUCUGGCAAGUCGCCUUUUGGAAUGUCUCUCAUUUCUCAACUUGCUUUCGUUUUGAACUGCGCUUGGUAUCGCCUGAAAUCGCUAGGUCUCUAUGCUGUGGCCGCUGCUGUGAUCCGUUUUUUGAAUAGGUGCCAUAUUUAUUUGUAUUUCCUUCGCUCUGUUUGCACGCCCAUUUUGAGCCAACUUGUGUGCGCCUCUGAUGUCGGUUGGUACGUCCUCUGCUGUUCUCCAGGAUGGCCUCACCUAUUGAAACAAGCCCUGAGAGCAAAUGCAGAAAAAUCUGAGUGUAAACAACCGCUCCAGAACCUAGCUAGCUCCUUAAUAAAGAAAUGAAUCUUUUUUAGAGGUAGUGUCUUUGAGCGCCGCACAUAAUCCUUUCCCUGAGUCAGGAACCACCGUCUGGGCUACUGGAAGGCAACGUGUCACUAAAGCUUCUAUUUGAUUUAAAAGAGAGAGAGAGAGAGAGAGAGAGAAAGAAAAAAGAGAAAGAAAGGAGUGGGUUACAAGCAUUCCUUUGUAAAAAUAAAUAAAUAAAUGCAGGGGAGGGGUCUCUUUUUCAUUCCAGAGAGGGCUGGCUAGGCUCAAGAUCCUAGCUGCAUCUUGCUCUAAAUAACCUUGCUAAGAUACUGUGAAAGCUUUGAACUUCGCCAAGGACUCAAGUUGUGGGCCCAGUGGGGGAAGACCCAGAGUCCGGGUUACACCACAGAUUAUUCCGCUGAGCCUGUGCUGAUGCUGGGGUUUGCGAUCUGUUAUUAACAAGAUAUCCAUUUUCCAUUGGAGGCUGCUCCUGCAGCUGCCAUUUUAUGAGGGAAGAGGAGGGGGAAGCGGGGUAGUAGAGACGAGGAAAAAUUAAAGUAAACUAAUACUUCUCCUGAAGAAAUGAGAAGCAUCUCAUAAGGUAGACAUUGACGGGCUCUUCGCAUUUUUUAGAUGCGUUUAUUUUUAAAGAGGUACAUUUUAAUUUCCAGAGUGGUUUUUAUUGCACAGGUUUAAAAAAAAAAUGGAAUCUCUCUUAGGCCUGAAUCAGCCCCUCAGGCAUUGGUGGGCUAUUUGCCUGCCACUUCAAGGACCUAGGAAAUGUUGGCACCGGUGGGGCCAGAAGUGAAACAGCUCCUAGCUUUCUAUCCAGGGAAGAGGCUGUGGCCGUGGCAUUCACUGACCUGAGCCAGGAAAGACAAUUUUAAGUCACGGGUGGCCUGCAGCUUAAGAAACAUUUGCACAAGAGGAGACAGCUGCAAAUGUGCAUGCUGGAUUUGGAAACGCUCUUCUCCGUGUGCUGCUUGAGACUCUGCUGUUGGUUUCUAGAGCAAAGAUGCCAAGCGCCUGAAAACAUGGCUAGGAAACAGCCUGUGGGGUGGUGGCAGUGGGGGUUGGUAGAGUAGCGGUGGCAAUGGUGGUGGCGGCCACAGGCUGGCUAGAGCUUCUUGCUGCUAAACUCCAGCUGCCUUCCAUUUAAGUGAUUAUUAGCAAAAUUCGCUGUCUCCCACUCAAAAAUGCUCCCCAAAAUGCGGUUAUAGAGUCACUGAUUUGGGGCAAGACUCGGGACCUGGUGCAUGAAUGGAUGUGGUAAUCAAGAAAUGAAGAGGAGGUAGCAAUGUUCUUAUUUCCUCUAUAUUCUGUGUUGCUCUGGAAGUGUUGUACUUCUUGACCCAUCGCCCCCAACCCAUAGUAAAAUUGUAGCUCUUGUAUGGAAAAAAAUUCUGUUGUAGUACGUGAUGCACUGCAGAGUAUUUGUACAUAUACAAAUUGUGGUGUUCUGGAUAUAUAUUUGGUGUAUUUGUACUUACACAUAGAUUACACAUUGCAGAAAAUGUUGGUCAUAAAUAAAUUUAGGUAUAUAUGUUUCUUUUUGUAGCUGGGAAAAUCAUAGAUCUGCCUUCAAAUAAAGAGCUUGGGGAAUUACACCUCUC